AUGCACAUUUUCUCACUCUAACUUAUUGCAGUUCAGCAGUGCAGCUACAAAGAACAGGCCUUUAUAUACAUGCUUGCUUUAUUAAGUUCCGAUUUAACCGCCGGCACGAUAAGACGUAUCUGAACAAGUUCAGACCAGUGAUUUUUGGAAGUUGCCUUGAAACCUGCCAAGGCCUUAUUCAUACAUAUCUCAUUAGAAUGGUGUUGGGGAAAAAUCGUAGGAUUAUCUGGAACCAAUAUUGAGAAAGAGAGAGAGAGAGCUUGCUUUAUUGGCGUACACGUGGUUAACCAUUUAAAACGUUUUUAUUUAGUUAGUGCGUAUAUUUGUUAAAAUACAUGCAUUUUAAUUUUUAAGCAAACACAAUGCCGAAAGUUCGCACACAAGUUACAGCUCGUGUCCAUAAAGAAGUAGCGAGACAAGGGAUCUUGUUCAAUAAGGAUUUUGGCCAGCAUAUUUUGAAGAAUCCUUUAAUUAUACAAAAUAUGGUUGAGAAAGCUGCUCUCAGACCAACUGAUGUUGUAAUGGAGAUUGGUCCUGGUACAGGCAACAUGACAGUAAAAUUACUGGAAAAGGCGAAAAAAGUUAUAGCGUAUGAAGUCGAUACGAGAUUGGUAGCGGAAUUACAAAAACGUGUUCAAGGAACAAUAUAUCAACCAAAAUUACAUAUAGUUAUCGGAGAUAUACUGAAAGCAGAUUUACCUUUUUUUGACUUGUGUGUCGCUAAUAUACCAUACCAAAUAUCAUCGCCAUUAGUGUUUAAAUUACUUUUACACAGACCACUGUUCAGAUGUGCUGUACUCAUGUUCCAAAGAGAAUUUGCAGAGCGUUUGGUGGCCAAACCUGGUGACAAGUUGUAUUGUCGCUUAAGCAUCAACACACAAUUAUUAGCACGAGUAGAUAUGCUGAUGAAAGUCGGAAAGAAUAACUUCAGACCUCCACCCAAAGUAGAAUCAAAUGUAGUGAGGAUUGAGCCGAGAAAUCCACCACCACCAGUUAAUUAUCAAGAAUGGGACAGUUUGACCAGAAUUGCGUUUCUAAGAAAAAAUAAAACUCUUUCUGCAGCCUUUAAGCAAACCACAGUCAUCACUAUGUUGGAAAAAAAUUACAGGAUCCAUUGUUCUUUGAAUAACAAGAUUAUUCCGAGCGAUUUUGAUAUCAAGAAAUUGAUACACUGUGUCUUGGAGAAAGUAGGAGCCAAGAACAAACGAGCUAGGACCAUGGACACAGAUGAUUUUAUCAGCCUCUUGCAUAUAUUCAACGCGGAAGGUGUACAUUUUGCAUAAUUUAUGAUAUUAGGCUAUUAUAUAUUACAAUUCGUUAAAUUUAGAAUUUUUUAUAGAACAAAUAUACAAAUAUAUUUUAUUAAAACAAA